AGUGUUGUGUGUGUAUGUUUGUGUAUGUGUGUGUGUGUGUGCGUGUGUGUGUGUGAGUGCGUGAGCGUUUAGAGUAGUGUGUUGUUAAUGUCGGUAAGAAGACAGAGCCGGUCGGUCGUGUGUAUUGGUGGUGCGCUCACAGUAAUAAUAAUAUUAUAAAUCUCCUCGCGUCUUUCACACUCACUCGUCAUCGCUCGGUGCCCGCAGACCUCGCUUUGAGCCGAGCACGCGUAACGUUUUAAUUUUCACCCGCAGCUAUAUUAUUGUAUUAAAUUAUAUUAUAAAAAAUAUUAUAGGAAGUACUACGAUGGACGUAGUCGACUCGGUUACUUCCAUAUAACAUUGUAAUUAAUCUAAUAAAAAUAAUAAAAAUAACCGUAUUUUACUUUUCGCAUAUUCUUCUCGCCUCACGUGUUCUAAUCGCAAUACACAUAAUAUUAUAACAUACUCAAUACAUAUCWUUAUUAUACAUUUAUAAACUUUAUGUCAAUACAUAAAUAUUAUAAUAGUACAAAUAUUUUUACGCGUAUGGUACUCGUUUUUUAUUAACAGUUUUCAAYCGUUUAUUUCUAUCGAUAUACUACAGUGGCACGAUAUACGCGGCGGCUGUCCGAACAACAAUAAUUAUUAUUGUUACACGUACGAUUCGCGCGCAUGUGACCCGCACGCUUGCACCGGUUCGCUCGCGCCGCGAGCACAAUCACACCAAUAUUAUACCGACCGGCACCUAUACACGACCAGUACUGUAAAAUACAGAAGCGCGUGCCGCGGCAGUCGUAGCCGCAACCUAACCGUGUCGUGGCAUUACACCGGUGCGUGUGCCGCCGUCACUCUGACCGGCGACGGUUGUUCCGGCACGUUUUUCGCAACACCUAUACGACACGCCGGCUGUCGGCCACCGCGACGCGUCCACUGCACCAGUGCCACCGCCACCGACGACGACGCCGCCGSCGCCACCACCAGCACUCGGCGCCCGGGGUGCACCCGCGCCAAAAUUUCGAACCCUCCGGCCGAAUAGCUGAGUAGUCCUACAAGUGUUUGAUCAAUCGGACGGCAUCUUGGAGACUGCAGCUUGGUAUCGAUGAACCGCGGGGGCCAACUCCAUUCACCGGAACAUCCAAGCCGUACCGUAGCCGCAGUGGACAGCAUGAAGAACGAAGAGCCGACCAUACCGAGUCAUCAACAGCAGCGUAACAUGUUGGCCGAGGCGAUAGCGUCGCUGCCUCCUGUGCCGCAGAACUUGUCAGCCAUCGCCCUGUUCCAUCAGUUACCGAUACUGUACCAGCAACACUACCAGCACAUGUUGCAGUCUCGUAUCCUGCCCUACCUACAAGAAUCGCUGAGGUUGCAGAGCUCCGUAAACUAUGUGGAUAAACCACAGAUGCCGACGUUUAACAAUGUGGGUGUGCCAAAACCAUCUCACACCCACACCAUCUUGCAAGUCUUCCAGCGUCCAGUCCAUCACUCUUCGCCUAGUCACCCCCCUGGUUGUAAUUUGACUCAUAAUUUGGUUAAUGUCGUAUAUAGGCGUCUAAAAUUGUUUAAGACCUUGCACGGUGUAAGUUGUACGUCUUAUAAAAAUAUAUCUAUAACUCGUUUAAUGUUUAYACCACUAUGGAGUAUGGUUUGUUUGUAUGUAUGUAUUUUUUUAAAUAAAAUAAAUACGUUCUUCUCGCAGAACCAACAGGACAUCAAGUCGCUGCUUCAACAACAGCAACAGCCGCUGGCCAGUCCUCACCACCACCACCACCACUUCUCGUUGUACCCCGAGUUCCAGUUGACCGGCAGGAACGCCGUGGCCGUUGCCGCCGCGGCCGAGUCGUUGGCGGACAAGCAGCACGCGGCGGUCGCCGCCGCGGACACGGUGUCCUCGCACAACCUGGCGUUCCAUAUCGAGAACCUGAUACAGAAGAAGCACCGCAGCGCCGAGAUGUCACAGGAAGAGAUCGUGUCGUCCAGCGGCGUGCACAACAACAACAACGAUCUGCAGCAAUACGCGGCCGGCGACGACCACCAACACCACAAUCACCGCCACCACCAGCCGCCGUUGGCGCAGCACGCGGUCGAGUCCAAGCCCAAAUUGAUAAUCAUCAACGACGAGGACGACAGCAACGUCAGUGGCGGCAGUGGCGGGAGACGCUGCUAAGUCGCCGCCGCGACCGUCACGCACACAAU